ACUUAAGUUGAAUCGGGUCUAAAUGUACUAAUCGCUACUAAUUUAAGUCAUUUGACUGUUAUUCCUUUCCCCAUUAAAGUUAUUUAUUACAAAAGAUUUUCCACCAUUUCAUUCUUUUGAGAAAUACAUUUUUCGUUGAAACUGCCGUUUAUGGUAUUGGGUUCCACGCAUGCGCAUUCUCAUUGUAACGGUUGUAUAUAAAUUAUUAGUUUGUAUAGUUUGUAUUGUUAAUAAAACCAAUGGUACGGGGCCCAAAUUAAGUACGUCGAAAUCCAAACGAAUCCAGUUAAAGGUAGUUCAUUGUUGCGCAUCAUCGGAGGUUAGAGAUCAACAAUGGCACAAAACAAAAAUUAUUGUUGCAUACAAGGAUGUUAUGGUUCAUCUGGUGACCAUUUCUUUUCGUUUCCCAGAUCUCCUUCUAUACGUCAAAAGUGGAUUGAAGCAAUCGGAGCUAAUUCUAAAACGCCUAUUCCACAAAAGAAUACUCGUAUCUGUAACAAACACUUUGAAAAAAAAUUUGUUUUACAUUCUUUGCAAACGGGAAGAGCUCGCUUGACGACAAAUGCCUUGCCAUGUUUACAUUUACAAAUACCGACAGCAAGUGAAGAAGAAAUGGUUCAAAGAGCUAAAGAAAGUAAUUUGACGUCACAAAAAGUAAAUACGCAAGAUGAAACAAUUAAUAAUAAGGUUACCGAUGCGAGGCAGAAUAUCGGUCACGGUGAAGAAAAAUUUGUGUUACAUUCUUUGCAAGUGGGGAGGGAUCCUUUGACGACAAAUGCUAUGCAAUGUUCACAUUUACAAAUGCAGACAGCGAGUCUAGAAGAAACGGUUCAAAGAGUUCAAGAAACUAGUUUGGCCCCGCAAAAAAUAAAUACACAAGAUGAAACAAUUAAUAUUAAGGAAGAUAACGAUGUGGAGCAGAAUAUCAGUCAAGCUAUGUCACCGAGUUAUGAUACAGUAAACACGUCACAGCUGGCGUUGACUCCGAGAGAAAAGAAAUUACUAAGACAAGUUAAAACUCUGAAACAAAAAGUAGCACGAAGGGAUAAUAGAAUAAAGUCUUUGAAAACUUUGCUCCAAGCCGUGAAAUACAGUUUUUGUAAUAAUUCCGAUGAAUUUGAAAAUAUAAUAAAAACUGGUUUGUCUAUAUUUCUCACAAUGCGCAGUGUAGAUUUUGAUAUGUCCGAUUCUGAAUAAAGAUGUAUAAAUGAUUUUGUGAAUAUUAAUGCUGGUUAAUAAUAAACUUUGCUGCACAUUGAA